AUCCAUUCAAGUGGAGGUCGUCCAUCAACAAUAACUUUGAACAACACACGUUACAUACACAAAAUGUCUGCUCCUAGCUGGGAAGAAAUGGAAGCCAAGCGAAUCGAGAUGAUCCAGUCUCUUCGCGAAGUCUCUUCUGCCAUGACGCGCUGCGUCCAUGUCAUUGAAGAGUACACCUCCCUCUCUCCCGUCAAUCUCUCCAAGCCUGAUCUCCUCCAACCUCUUACUGCCGGUGGCCCUCUUGCCGUCGCUCUUGCCUCUGGAUUGGCUGAUGCCGGUGUCGGAGGUACUGGUAAGAAGGAGCGUAAGAAGAAGGAAAAGAAGAUCAGGGACCCCAACGCCCCCAAGAGGCCUCCUAGUGCCUACAUCUUGUUCCAGAACGAAGUUCGUGAUGACAUUAGGACCUCAAACCCUGGAAUGCCUUACAAGGAUGUGUUGCAAAUAAUCUCUCAGAGGUGGAAAGAGUUGCCUGAUAGCGAGAAGAAGAUUUUCGAGGACGCCUAUGCCGCCGCGCACAACAACUUCCGAGCUGAAGAGCAGGCGUAUGCCAAGAAGGAUGCCGUCGAGGUGGACCCUGUUCUUAUGGAAUCUUCCGACGACUCUUCUGACGAUGACUCCUCCGAAGGGGGCUCUACUCCCGCUGCUCCUAUCCCUGCUCCUACUCUUGCGGCCGCUGAGAAGAAUAAAAAGGACAAGAAGAGGAAGACCAAGGAGGAGGAAGCUGCUGUGAACGCCGUGCUGGGUGAGAACAAAGACAAGAAGAAGAAGAAGAAGAGCAAGGAUUAAGUAUAGUCCCCACGUCUUGUUUCGAUGGUGGAGUUUCAAGGUUAUUCGAUUGGUCUAGGGCCUUUUAUAUAGAGAUAGUUGUCAAUAGCCUAUUUGGGCUUGAUUUUUUCGGUUACAUAACAAUUAAUUAGAUGAUGAUACCAUCCCCAUGUAUAGAGCUGACAUGGCUCCAUGUAACCAGACU